CACACACACACACACCAGUCCCUUUCAAGAAGAGCGCCUGUCAUGGCAUACCCCACUCUGUAAUAUCCUUUGAGUGGAAAAUUUUGAGAUAUCUACUCUAAAGCCGCCUCUCUUUUUUUCUUCUUCUUCUUGCUCUUUCUUUUACAGAGAGAUAAAUAUUGGUUUAAACCUUCUUCUUCAUUUCUCCCUUUCUUCCUCUCAUUUUUUUUUUCUUUCUUACUCUCUGCUGAAAACCCUAGUUGUAGCAUGCAGUACCUAUAGAAGGCAAAAGAAACAACAGAAUAUAUCGAUCUCUUCUUUUUACACCUUUUUGAUCAUCUCAUCUCUUGUGUCGUUUAUAACAGUACUUAUUCUGGCUCAGAGGCAAAUUAAAAAAAGAGCAUGGGAAAAAGGAGGAGUUGUACUACUAGCAUCAUCAUCAUCUUCUUCUUCUUUUGUGCAGAUCAUCAUGUUUUAUCAGAGGUUUGAAGUCAUAUUGGAGAGUACUUUUCUGAAAAUACACAUCUGAUUGUCUUCUUCUUUAAUGGGGUUUUUGCAGUAAGUAACAAAAUCUUUUGUGCACUAAAAGCAACAUAAAAUUCUCUCUCUCUCUCUCUCUCUCUCUCUCUCUCUCUCUCUCUCUAUAUCUCUGUCCUUUAUUUCUUCUUCUUCUUUCUUUAUUCCUUUUGUUCUCUGAGCUGUUAUCCUCUUUUAAGCAAAUGGAUUCUGGAAACAACAGUGCAAGUCUACAGUCAUCAAGUGGUGGUGGUUGUGGUGGUGGUGAUGAAGAGUACGAUUCACGUGCUGCUGCUGCUAAUUCUUUUUCUUCUGCUAAUUUUCACACACAAAAUACCUCCAUGUUUGACCCUUUUGCCAAUUAUUUCAACCCCAUCUCACGCCAACAACAACCACAACCAUUAACGCCUUCACUGAAUUACCCAGCUUCACUUUUCAAUCUUGAUACAGAUUGGUCCAAAACCCUAAGAUCUGACCACAAUAAUUCUCCUCAUCAGUUCAACAACAGCCCCAUGUCGUUAUUAGCAUCAUCCAAUAAAUCAUUGUCUUCUAAUUCCUUAUCCUUUGGUGGUGGUGUUUCUAAUUUCCCUUCUGCCGCGGUAGAACAUGGUGGUGGUGGUGGUAGCGUAACUAUUACUACUACUACGACGACUACUGAGCCGGCGGCGAUGGCGGCGGCUGUUCCACCAGCAGAUCAACCAGUUACGCAACCGGCAGUACGUAAUCCAAAGAAAAGAUCAAGAGCUUCAAGAAGAGCACCAACUACUGUGUUGACAACAGACACUACUAAUUUCAGAGCUAUGGUUCAAGAAUUUACUGGGAUUCCUGCACCACCCUUCACUUCUUCAACAUAUUUUCAUCCUAGAAGCAGAUUUGAUAUAUUUGGUGCUACACCUAAUUCCUCCUUAAGGCCUCCUCUUAACAUUUCACAACAACCUAAUUAUCUACGAAGGCCUUUUCCUCAGAAAAUUCAACCACAACAACCAGGCUCUACACCCUUUCUUUCUCCUUCUUCCUCUUCAUCAUCAUCUUCAGCAUUGUUGAGUUGUUUGGCUAACAAUAUUGCUUCUGCUUCAACUACUAGUGCUGCUAACAAUAUUCCACAAAGUUGUAAUCUUUUUACGAAUAUUCAACAGAACUCAAUUCUCACAUCACUUCUUCAGUCAUCUCAAAAAUACCCAUUUGGGAGUUCCAACAUUCUUGGCUCCAAAGACCAAGAGCAAUUCCAAAUACCAUCCUCGUCAAAUGACUCACAGCUCAAAAUGGGUAGUGUUGUUUUGGAAGAUUAUGGAAUGAGCAAUCACAAUCUUGGACACAAUUUGAGUGGGCUUCCUAAUCUCAUUUCUCCAGAACAAGCUGUCACAACAAGGAACCAGAACAGUAUUAUUCAUGGAGAUAAAGUGCAGGAAACAGUAGGAAGCAGAGGUGAAGGUAUGGUGGAAUCAUGGAUUAAUUCUUCACACUAGAAAAAGAGAAAUUAGUAUAAUCAUGGCGAUCACUAUUUGAUCAUAACAACAAUGAAGUGAAGAGAAGAAAUAGUUAAUUGAUUACUGUUUCUUUACCAUAUCUUUUCUUAAUCAUGAUCUUCAAAAAAGAAGCAAAAUUUAGUUUAAUUAUGACCUAUGUAGAUAAUAAUCUUCGGAUUGAUUCCUUUUUUUUUUUUUUUGUUUUAUUGUAGAAGUACUUGCUUAUAUGACUAAUCAUAUACUUAUAGAUUAGUUAGAGAUUAGGGAGAAAGUGGGAUGGAGAAGGAUACAAAUAUGAUGAUUAGAAUGAUGGCGGACAUAUUGGUUAAUUUUCAUUGUUUUCUUGUCAACAUUGGUUUCUUGGAAUAGUAAAAUGCUGUUACUUUGCAUUUUGGUGUUUCUUUAUUACUGUGGAUUCAUUCCUCUUUUACUAUAUAUCCAUAGCUGGUUUUUACA